GACAAUAAUGGGACACUUCAGUUCUGAAAACACUCAGGGGACAGAAUCAGAGAACUAAUUCAUACAUUUAUUGAUUAAAAUAAUUUCUUUUCUUCACAAAUUUAUGUCCUUCAUAAGAGCAGAAGAAAAAGGAUCAUCUAAAACCAUCCAACCUAAAUACGACCAGCAGAAGAGGAAAAGGACAACUAAUUGCUCCAUGAGGAAUCCCAGGCCAUGGUGCUCAUAGGGCCCUGUCUCCUGAUGCUGAUCGUGCUGGUUGGAACUGGGGUAAAGCUCCAAGUCGGGGGUGACCAUACAAAACCAGUUCGAGCACCACUGAUCCCUCAUCGCCCAUUUGUUGUUGUCUGGAAUGCACCUACAGAGUCAUGUCGCCUACGAUUCAAGGUGGACUUGGACCUCAGUAUUUUUGACAUUGUAGCGAAUCUUAAUGAGACGUUGAGUGGUCCAAACGUCACCAUAUUCUAUCACAGCCAUUUGGGAUGCUACCCAUACUACUCCAGUUCUGGGGUUCCCAUCAAUGGUGGCCUGCCGCAGAACCAGAGCAUGUCCAAGCAUCUGAGCAAAGCUCGGGCGGACAUCGACAAGAUGAUUCCCCACAAAGACUUCCGAGGUCUAGGUGUAAUUGACUGGGAGAACUGGAGGCCCCAGUGGGUUCGAAAUUGGGGCUCCAAGGACAUUUACCGCAAAAAAUCCAAGGAACAGAUCAAACAACUUCACCCAAACUGGCCAGAGAGCAAAGUGGAAAAGGAGGCGAAGGAAAGUUUUGAAAAGGCGGGCCAAGCUUUCAUGAAUCUGACUUUAGCCCUGGCUGAAGCCCGCAGGCCAAAUGGGUUGUGGGGGUUUUACCUGUUCCCAGACUGCUACAACUAUGGCUACAAACAACACCCACAGCGCUACACUGGGGAGUGUCCCAAUGUGGAGCAUGUCCGCAACGAUCACUUGAUGUGGCUCUGGAAGGAGAGCACAGCCCUUUACCCAUCCAUCUACCUGGACUAUGAGCUGAAGUCUUCUCCAAACACUGUCAAGUUUGUCCACUAUCGAGUCAAAGAAGCCACCAGGAUUGCCUCCAUAGCUCGGACAGACGUCACCUUACCUGUUUUUGUCUACUCCAGACCCUUCUAUGCCUACACCUUUGUUGUGCUUUCAGAGAGUGACUUGGUUCACACCAUUGGAGAAAGUGCUGCUCUGGGAGCUUCAGGAGUCGUCCUCUGGGGAUCAUCAGAGUACGCUCGAUCACAGAGGAACUGUCUGACUGUGAAGAACUACAUUGAUGGUCCUCUGGGGCACUACGUCAUCAACGUCACCUCUGCAGCCAAGCUGUGCAGCAAAGCUCUUUGUAAGAAGAAUGGCAGAUGUGUCCGUAAGAGCCUGGAUUCGGGUGUUUACCUGCACCUCAACCCUCGCUUUUUUAACAUUCAUCACAACCCAGCGUCCAGGAGCCAACGCUUCCACGUCAGGGGCCACCUCAACAACCACGAUAUCCUGGACAUGAAGCACAAGUUCACCUGCCAGUGUUACCAGGGCUGGACCGGAGUUUACUGCGAGAUCCCCCAGGUGUCGUCCCCUCCACCUUCAUCCCCUCCUCUGCAUCCCACCUCAUCCCCUCACCCCUGGAUGGACAGCCUGCUGACAGAAGUUCUGCGCCUCAUUUCUCUUCAUUUCUCAUGUCUUUGCAUCAUCAUGUUCUUGGGACUCUGUCUCAUCAUGAAGUGUCUGAUCUU